AUUUCCUUGAGUUUUCAAUUUUGGAACACAGAAUGAUUCGAUUAUAUCUAGCGCUGCAUUUUUAACAUCGGAUCAUAAUUGUUCCUGUACACAUAUAUACAUAAACAUUAAAAAUUGAUGUACAAAUUAUUGAAUAAAUCCGAAUCUGAUGAUACUAAAUAUCGAAGUGAAAUAAAAGCUCAAAAAUUAAUCUGAAACAUUUCUUUGCGUAUUAUACCAAAAGAUGCGUAGCAAAUCUUUUUAAAUACUAUUUCAGAAUAUCUGAUUGAAAACAGACAACGAUUACAAUUGAAACCGUUAGACAGGAAAGAUAAGAAAAAAAAACACUAAUUACUAAAUUACUCUUUCUCUUGAUCGGCGGGCAAUACUUGAAUUAAGUAGAGACUAUCUCUUUCGAUCAAUAUCAGAUAGUGAUAACAUGUUUCCACAGUUGGAAAAGUACCAUGAGCUUUAUCAUUUAUUAGUGCCAAACACUGUGUGCUGGACAAAUAAAAUAUAUGGCAUUAAACGCUUUUAUAUAACAUUUUUACGAGAUAUUGAAAUAAAAUUUCUCUCUGUCUGACUUAUUUGUAUCUUAUGUAUCAAGCACAAAUUAAUUUUACGGCAUCAUCAAAUUCCAUGAGACUAGGUCGAGUAUGCAAGAAAGUGCAUAUCCUGGACCGUCUGAAAGCAUACAAAAAAAUUCGACCAAGACGAAAGAUAUCAUUUAUACAUACCAGUUAACGAAUUCGUUUUUUCCGCUCUCAACUGUAAGCAUGUUUAUGAUUAGUCAUCAUGAAUAGAUUCAAUGAUGAUAUUUAUAUCUUUUUAGCACAGUCUCUGUAGGCAAUAAUUUCAAAAAAGUUCUUUUCACAUCAUCCACAGAGACACGUGGAAGUUUAUUGACGCUACUCGGGUACAAAGAAACACUUAAAACUACCCCUGCGUUUAGUAACGAUCGCAAUUCGUGCUAAAAAUUGCAAAAGGUAAAAGGGAAAUCAAUCAUAAGAAUAAAGUAUAGGGUGCUUCCCCCCUUUUUUUUCAUGGUACUUUCAAUUACUACCUGUCUAUCCGAUAGACUCUACCAUGUCAUGCAAUAUCGUCGUGCAAUUUACUAUGACACAUAAGUGUUGAUCCAGAAAAUUUAUUCCCGAAAUACUAUUCUCAGACAAUGACUAGUGAUACAAGACUAGUUUCUUGACCGUAGAACAAGUAUCUUUUUAGCGUCGUUUUAUUGGCAAGAAUAAUUGGCACGCCCACAGUUCCUGCCUUUUUGCAAUUUCGAGCUUGUUCCUCUGUGCAAGUAGUUGCGUCGUAAAAAUCGUAGUAAUUAGUAAAAAUCGGUAUCAUUUAUCAUUUGUGCCACAGCUUUCAAGCGAGAAACAAAUGCUGAGUCAUGCUAGUGCACGUUCAGCGCGAGUACAAAAUCAAUAAAAUAUUUUUGUCGUUCUUAGGCAUCUGGCCAUUUCAAAAUAAACUCGCAAGAAAUCUAAUACCGAUUUUCUGUCUUGCGUACAUAAUAAGUUACUAUUCGUUAGAGAUAAUGAUGUUAUAUGAUCAUUGGAAGGAUACGAGACUAGUCUUCGACUGCUGUUAUGAAUCUGUCUUGAUAACUACGUGUAACGCAAAGCUAUUAAAUCAGUUCUUGUUGCACGAUAAGAUUCAACAUUUAUACGAGACCAUAAAUAAUCAUUGGAAUAUAUUUACAAAUAAAUCGGAACUUCAAAUUCUUAAAAAUUAUUCCAACAUAUCACGAAAAUUUACAAUAAUUUACUCGAUAAUGAUAUGCUCCAUGGUAACAUUGUUUUUUUUAAUUCCAUUAACACCGGUUUUGCUCGAUAUUAUACGGCCUCUUAAUGAUUCACGUCCACGAUUGUUCGCGAUGUCUCUAAAAUUAAGAAUAGAUCAAGAAAAGUAUUACGUUCCGCUUUAUUGUUACCAAUACAGUAUAACAGUUUUGGGCGCAAUUGUUAUAGCUUGCUUCGAUACUACGUACGUCGUUAAGACUGCUCAUGCUUGUAGUUUAUUCUCGAUCAUCAAUCAGCAGUUUGAGGAGAUACUAUCAAAGUUGGAGAUCACAAAGCAAGUUAGCAAAUAUAAUUUGGAUGAGGAUCUUGAAUUGUUAAGCGAAAAAGAAAUAUAUCAGCAAUACAUAAUAUGCUUAAAAAAAUAUCAGUUUGCUUUAGAGUUUGUCAAUCUAUUGAAUUCAACGUAUCAAGUCGUUGCAUUAUUUUUAUUAAUACUGAAUGGUAUGGUUAUAAGUUUGGUUGGAAUUCGAAUCGUUUAUGUAUUAGAUCAAUUGCAAGAAGUGAUAAGGUUUAGUUUUGUAAUCGUUACCAUGUUAAUACAACUCAUGAUCGGAUGUUAUUCUGGUCAAAAGCUAAUGGACGAAAGUCAGAAUAUAUUCUACCAAAUAUACGCUAUGAAAUGGUAUAAAUUCUCACCAAGAUUAAAGUCGCUAUUGAUGAUAACUCUUUAUAGAAGUAUUACUCCCUGUAGUUUAACAGCAGGCAACAUGAUUCCACUGUCAAUGACAACUUACGCUACGGUAAGAAAAAAAAUGCAAAUGGUAUAUCUAAUUUGUAAUGUAGGUACAGAAAAUAACAUAUAUCUCUGUAUAUGAUUAAAGGUGGUACGAACAGCUUUAUCUUACUUCACGACAUUCUUAUCUCUCAAAAACUAGUUAUUUUGUACUCAUAUUAUUAAAAAUCUUCAUAAUUGUAUUGUAAAAUCACCAAGUAACCGAUCAUGUAAACUUCUCUUGGGCACAAAAAGGCAUUUAAAAUCGACUACAACUGCACUAACCAAAAGUUAUAGGUCACACACUAAAAAUUGUAAACGAAAAGUAAAAUUGAUCAAUAAAAGAAACAAUAAAAGAGCAUACAAUAUC